CAAAUAAACGCAACGGAUUAUCAACGACAUGUGGCCGAGCCGAUCGCAAUUCUACAGCGAACUCUGCGUGCGUUAAAAUCGGGGAAACUAUUUGGUUAUUUCGCGGUCUACAGGCAGAUAUUCCCGGAAAUACAGGAGGCAGAUGUGCAGAGGGAGACUCCAUGUUUGCUUCUGGAUAACCGCUGACGGUUCUGCAUUUCUCAUUCCACGUUAAUUGCCCCUCUUUUUGAAAACGGUGAUACACAUCUAGUAACUUGAAAUGAGAAGCAACAAGCCAAAGACAUCAGAUGAAGCAAGUAAUGAUGAAAAUUGUCAACAGAAUGAAGAAAACCAAACCGUGGUGGUAAACAGUGAAGCAGACCGAUGUCCAAUCUGUCUGAACCUCCUUUUAGACCAAGAGCUUGCUGUUCCUGAGAACUGCUCGCAUGUUUUCUGCUUAAGCUGCAUAUUGAAAUGGGCUAAUAAUGUUACUUCCUGCCCAGUUGACCGCAAAUUAUUUCAAGCAAUUUACAAACAAGAACCUCAUCAGACAUUUAUAGAGAUUCCAGUUAAGAAAAAAGUAAAUCAAGUUGAUGUGGAAUACAGCUGCAAGAAAAAAAUAAUUAAGUUUACAAAUGAAACUUCAAGGCGACGACUGCAAGAGCCAUUUGAUUUUAAAUCAAGUACAUCUGUUAUCUGCCAAAAAAACAAAAAGGCAGGGCUUCCUGGACAAAGAAAUAAGGUAGAACGAACGGCUUGCUCCCAGCAGAGUAAAGAGAACUUUUCACAUGUUUCCCCAUCAUUAGGCCAAGCUGAUGGAGUAUCUGUAUUUUCAGAAAACUGUAUAGAGUUCUUAGAUGUAUAUGAAGAUGAACCCAUUUUAAGACAAAAGAGGCGACGGCUAGAAGCAUCAAUUCUUCCAUGGUUUUCAUUUCCUUCAUCUUAUGCAGCAGUUGAGCUGGAAAGCCAAAGUUCUUAUUCACAAGAAAUGAUCAACUUAUAUUCUUGGCGAUUACCAAAUGCAGUGAGACCUUUGGCAUCUGGACAGUUUGAUUUUCUUGUUAAAGAAUAUGCAGUAACGUGUUCCAAGGGUGAAGAGAGAAAAAACACGAGGGCAGCUGGAGCACGAGGUUCAAAGAAAAAAGCUGAGAGUACAACAUCCAGAAGAAGGUCAACAAGAAACAGCAAAACAGAGGAGCCAACAUCACCUCAAAAUCCAAGUUCAUCUCCCCCUAACAAUUCAGAUUCUGAUACUUCAGUCACAAAUAGUGCAACAAAAACAGGUGGUGCUGCUAAAAAAGCAGGAAAGCGAGGUGUGAAGCGUAGGCCUACGAAAAAUACUGAGGAUGGUAAAGCAGGAAAGGCAAGAAGAGAAACUAGAUAUUCAUCAAAGAAACUCCGUUCUUGUAGUAGUCCUGAAGUUAGUGAUGAAGAAGUAGAAGAAACUGAACAGGAAGAGUUAAAGCAAGAUUCAUUAGAAGAAAACUCUAGCAUUUCUCAGAUAGUUCCUUCAGGGGAGGAGCAAAAUACUAAUGGAGAGAAUAGUGAGUCAAACAAGCUCUCAGAUGAGGAAAGCAGUGGUGAUGAAACUAUAAAUGAAGACACAACUGAGACCAAUAAAAUAGUUAAUAGCAAUAACGAGCCAGAAUGUGUGCUUCAAAAAGAUGACAUCAUUCCUUCUUCUGAAGCAGAAAGUUCUGAAGACCCAGAUGAACAGAAAAUGGAAAAUGAAUUAUGUUCAUUAUCUACUGAUGAACACCAAACUGAUCUGGAGAUUCAAAGUGCAGAGGAACAGCUUGACUCAGUUUCCCAAAAUGCUGAAUAUUCUGCAGCAUGUUUAGACACUGACACACAACCUGAAUCUCCCGAUGAUGAAAAGGAAAUGUCUCUUUGCAGUGAAUCUCCACCCUCACCAAUUGAAAGUGACACAGAUUCACCAUCUGCACGUCCAGCAGAUGACACAGAUAUGAGUUUUCAUAGUGUUGAACAACAAUACUCUCCUAUAGAGGAGGAAACUAAAAAUUUGGAAGUUGAAACUAACAGUGAAGAAAAAAUGGACACAAAAAUAGAUUCUCCUGUUUCUGAUGAUCAAAAUGACACAAUUUCACUUGACAAGGUACAUGAGGACACAGAAGUAGCCUGUAAUUUGGAGGAAAUAGAGGGCAGUACACAUUGUGAAAGUAAGGCAUUUGAUACUAUUAAUGAGAAAAUUGAACAAGAACUAUUUGAAGAUGAACGUUUUUCAAAUAAGAAUGAACCAACUAUUAAUACUAUAAGUGUACCUGAAAAGUGUCUCAUUCAGGAAGAAGAAGACGCAAUAAUUGAACCUUUUUCUCAAGAUGACAAUGAAAUGGUCCCAAUGGAAUGUGAUUCUCCUAACAGUGAACAUUGUGAAUCGCAGACUGAAAAAGAAGAGCCAGGAGACAGCCCCAAAACAGAGAUAACACCAAAUACCAAUAACCAAGAGCAGAUAUCGGACAAUAAAUUGAAAUCUCCUGAUGAGAUACCUGUAGCAGAACCAAAGGAGCCAGAGAAGAAAGAAGGAAGGCAAAGAAAAUCUAGAUUUCAUUCACCAUCUACAACCUGGUCACCAGAUAAAGAGGGAAAGAAGGAACGAAGGCAGUCGAGGUCAAGAUCAAGAGGUCGUGAAUCUCCUCCUCCUAGGCGUAGAUCACGAUCACGAAGUAGGGAAAGGGACCGGGAAGGUGAUAAGGAUGUGCAGAGGGGAGAAAAUUUUAGAAGGGAUCGCAGCAGAGAGAGAGACAGAGACCGAGAAAGAAGAGGUCGAAGACGCUCCCGCUCCAGAAGCAGAUCUCGAUCCAGAACAUUUAGUAAAGUAUCAUCAUCAGACCGUACUGAGCAUGGUGGCCAUUCACCCCGAAGAAGAGAGAGGUGGCAAAAUAACAACUGGAGAAAUUCAAGGGGAAAUGAAUGGCACCGGAGAAGUGACCAGGACAGGCAUGAUACAUUUGUUAAAGAUGUGACUGAAACAGAUAGUGGAAGUUCUUCUGAAGUUUCUUAUGACAGAAAUAGAACUGAAAAUCCUGAUUGGGUAAAAGACAGAAUAAAAGCUGAUAAUGAUGUUAGGAAUAGGGAUUCAAGCAGUGAAACUAGAUGGGAAGAACCAAGAAUGGAUCAUUCAGGGGACAACUGGAACAGAAAUUUCAGUUCAGUAUGGCGAUCUGAUCGUGGACGUGGGCGUGGACGAGGUGGCUUUAGAGGAGGUUUUGGUCACAGAGAUCAAACAGAAAAUCGAUGGCAAGCAAGAAAUUCUUUCUCAGGGAUGCAAAAUAAUUCAGGGAAUGACUCUUACAAUAGGUUUAAUGAAAAUCGAACCAAUAGACGUAAAGGUGAACAAGAGUUUACAGCUGAGCCCCCAGUGGAUCGUUCAGGCUGGUCCUCUGCCUCCAGCUGGGCAGUACGAAGAACUCUUCCAGCUGAUGUACAAAAUUACUAUUCUAGAAGAGGAAGGAAUUCAGGAGGUCCUCAGAGUGGAUGGAUGCGACAGGAAGAGGAAACUCCUGUUCAAGAAAAAACCUUCACAGAGCCUCCACCUAGCCAGCCGAAUGAAAGUCAGCCACUACCACCAGUAAAUGUGAUUCAUCCAGUGAAUGUAAUGCCACAACCUUUGAAUCCUCCUCCAAUGAGUGCCCCUCCACCUAUGAAUGCUCCUCCUCCUCCAAUCAAUGUUCCCCCUCCAAUGAGUUGCCCUCCACCAAUGAAUGCUCCCCCACCUGUAAAUGCCCCUCCACCAAUGAAUGCCCCGCCUCCAUCAGUGAACAUGUUACCCUUUCCAAUGAAUGUUCCUCCACCACCACCACCUCCAGGAAUGAACAUGCAACCUAAUCCAUUCAACCUGACCCAUCAGUUACCAGUGCACCUACAUUCUGCAGUACCUCUGAUGCAGGUGCCCCCUCCUGUCACUCAGGGUCUGCCACCUCCUCCCCCCCCUCCACCACCUUCCCAACAGUCAAACACUGUUGCGUCACAGUCAGAAGGAAAACAGACCCAGGUGGUGACCAGUGCCCCAGGUAACAAGUUUAGUGCUCCUGUGGUCCCCAAUCCACCUAAAGCUCCAGCAAACACUCCAGGGAAUGCAACUCAAGGCGCAACAAAUGUAGUUCUUCCAUCAUCAACUACCCAAACAGCUGGAAAACCCUUGGUGAACAAAGAAGUGGCAAAACCUGACAUAAAUGUGGACAGCUGCAAUAAAGAAAAGAGGUUACAAAUACAGGAAUUGGCGGUUCAUGAAGUAAAAUUAGCAAUCAAACCUUACUAUCAAAAUAAAGAUAUUACUAAGGAUGAAUAUAAAGAGAUUGUCCGCAAGGCAGUAGAUAAGGUUUGCCAUAGCAAGAGUGGAGAAGUAAAUACUGAAAAAGUUGCAAAUUUGGUGAAGGCUUAUGUUGAUAAAUACAAACAUACACGCAAAAUCAAGAUUGAGGAACCUGGAAAAAUCUGAAUGUGUCCAUUCAGAAUUUCAUUUGCUAAGUGCAAUUUUUACCAGCUCUGACAUGAAUUGGAACUUUUAAAGAUGAUUCAAAAUCAGGUUUUGAUAUUGAUCAGCUAAUGUUAAUAAGGAUUUUCUAAAAAUGUCAAUUUUUUUGUUUGUUUAAGAAAAAUGAAAACAAGGCUCCUGCUUCUCGGCUCUUUUCUUCGUCAUGGACUGAGACAAUGAGAUUUCCUGCUAGUUACAGAAACUCAAAUGCAUGCUGGUCCUGUAGAAUGUCAUGUGUGAGAGUAAGUUGUACAGCAUUUUGACCUCCACACGGAGCAGCUACUUAACACUUCAGUUGUAGUUAACUGGUACUGAACAGGAAUGUACAGUUUUCAGGAUAAUUAUGUUUUCGUAAGUGUUAGGAACAUUUCUCUCUUUUUUUAAUGUAUUCCAAAUGUAGGGUUAAUAUGUGUCACCUUUAUAAUUAUUUGUAUUGUUAACUGUAAAGUUGAACGCAGGAAUAAUCACCAUGUAUAUAAAAAUACCAGAAUCAGCUCAGUUGUAAGGGUUUAGUGUAUUAGAGUAGUAGAUAAGUCAGUUUAGGACAACUAGCGUUAAUGACCUCGGAAACAUCUCUGCCCUUAAGUUUGUUUUGUAAAAUGUGCUGCGUGAACACUGUAAACAUAAUCCUGAAGGCAAUGAAAUAAAUGACCUGCUGCUUUU